UCGCGACCGCACAAGAAGAACCUGAAGCGUACGCGAUGGCCGACCGCAUGGACACCAAGCUCAUGGCAUCGUCGCCGUCCAGUAAACUCAGCAGCUCGGGCACGGCCAAUUUCCGCACCGAAGAAAUCCGCGGUUAUUUGUUUAAGAAGACGCGUGAGGGCAAGUGGCAGAAACGGUGGUUCGAGACGAACGGAUGCUUCCUCACCUACUACAAGAAACAAGGGCAGAAGCUGCUUGCGGCGCUGAAUCUGCCACAGGUGGGCGCUAUUACGCUACUCCCAGAAGACCACGUCGAUGGCCCUGGGCUCUUCACGAUCGAGCUAAAUGAGCGCAUCUACACUAUCAAGGCGCGAUCCCAUGACGAGGCUGCGUUCUGGGUGGACGCCUUGCUAUGGCGUCAGGCUGGCGGUCUCGUGACGCAGAAGUCUCCAGACGUAACCAAGCAGAAAGUCGGCAACAUCGCGGCCGUACCCGCCGACAAGUUAGAUGCAGGAUCGUCCCCCACCACCAGCUCCAUGCACGUGGAAAUGGCCAGCAAGCAGCAUGUAACGACCGCGAAUCCGGACGACGUGGGCAAAGAUGGCGCUCCAUGCGCAGCCUGCUGUGUCGUGCAAUAG